CUUGGGUUCCGGGUUGUCGCUUUUGUUCUCUUUGCAGGUUUUACUAGGAGAGGACUCUCAUGCAUCGGUAGUUCUCUGUUUUCCGCGUUCCAGUUCUUCAUAAUGUCGUCGAUUCUUCCGCAAGCUGGAGACAAACACCUGCCGGCCCUGCCUAUCGGGACCUCUUCUCUUCACCAGGACCCUAUCGUUUACAUUGACCGCGAGGCCAGACAUAUUCAGCGUAAUUUACAGAUUCUAAUCGACGCCCAGAGUGAAGGACUUCUCGCCAGUCUUAACGGUCCCCAGCAGAAUGGCUCUAUCUCUGAUGGAACUUAUACACCAACCUCGGAGACAAGCAGUUCGCAGCGUCCCCCAACUAUACCCAUACGCCAACCGGCUCCGGAGAAGAUCGGGUUGUCUGCUGCCCGGAAGGGGAUAUUCAGAUCUAUAUACGACCUCUUAAGGCUUCGCGAGGAGGAGCGAGAGAUACUAACAUUCCGGAUUGAUGAAAGGACACAGGCGUUGGCAGAUAUCAAUGGCUUUAAUACCAAUCGCACUGGGCUAGAAAAUGCCAUUUCAACAAUUCAGGAUAACCGGGAAAGCCAGCAUACCGUAGCCUUGCGCCAGGAGAGCCGCAAGCUUGAGGAUGAUAUACAUGAGUUGGAGACUAGGCUGUCCCAAAUGAAAGCAAGGCAUCAACAUAUCCUUCGCGAAUUGUCCCAAAUGGAAAGCUCUAUUGAAUCGAAACUUUCUUCUUACAGAGCCUCCAUGUCGCUCCUAGACUCGAAUAUUCGAAAGUACCUCCAAAACCCGCCCGUGAAACCUCAAGAUAGCAGCUCCAAAGACGCAAGUUUCUAUUCCUUGAACCCUAAGCGACGAACCCUCGAGAUGGCAGAGGAACACUGGCAAAAGGAACAAUCAGAUCUGCGCGAAAGACAACGGGAAGUGGAUGCCGAAAUCGAGGCCCUCGAAGCUGGAGGUGGGGUCUGGAAGCAAGUGAUCGGAGAGGUUUCUGGUUUUGAGAAGCGACUCAAGUCAGCAAUGCGUCUUUCUAUCCAAUCUCAAUCGCAACUACUGAACCACGAUGGCCCUUCUGGUAGCAAGUCCGAAGAGGACCUCGCUCGGGCAGUGUUGGACGACCUGACGCAUACCACAGAGCGCGUAGAAAAUCAUCUAGAGGUUGCAGAGAAUAAAGACUGGAAGUUGCUGGUUUGUUGCAUAUCUGCGGAGUUGCAAGCGUUGCGAGAAGCACGGCAACUGCUCUUGAAUGUCUUCAAUGUGACCGAAACAGACAUUUCCCCGUCUGCCGACAAAGGAACCUCGAACAGUAUUCACACUUACGAGGAUUAUGACCCUCAUGGAGAUCCCCUUGGUGUUGACAACCCCGAGCCUCCGGCUGAGUUCCUCGAGGAUACUGAUGAGCGCCAUCAUGGUGCAGUGUCUCGCUCUGACGAUGAAGAUGACGAGCCGGAUCCCGCCUGGCUGCUCCCUGAAUCAUGAAAUCAUAUCUCACAGGCCUACGAUUUGACUAUAGACGGGAGCAAGGUGUUGGUUAGCGUAGUGAUUCCGGGUAAUACUCAUUUCUGUUUGAUGUCUAGAGCAGGUCAGAGGGUUCAGAGGGUUCAUGAUUGACCUGUAUGCAGUCUGCAGGUUGCUGGCACUCCAGCUUAACCUACGACGAUCAGUCCGCUAUGCAGAGCCUCUUGCAGAACAUCGG